CCAAAAAAAAAAACAAAACAAAACCUAAAAACCCAAAGAUUUUAAAACAGAUCUGCAGAAACCACCUUCUCUUCUCUUCUCUUCUCUUCUCACUCUUAAGAAAAAAACCCAAUCCAGAAACCCAUCGAUUUGGUGCGAUCGAAGGGAAUCUAUGUCAGUGAGGAGUCUGAAAAGCGAAGGAAAAUCAGAACUUCUUGUUUCAGAUUAGUUCGUAAAAGUCUUUGAUCAGAGGGGACCAUUGUCGGGGAAAAAGGGCACGAUUAAGGGCACGAAAAGGAUAGAAAAGUUUGGUGAGUGCCUUUAUUGUCAAUAAGUUUCAUUUUUCUAUCAUUCUUUAUGGAUUUUUGUAUUUUCUUGAACAAUGUUGUUCUUUUGUGUCCCACCGAUUGUGUCCCACCAUUAGUGUGCUUUGUGUUGUUUUAUUAUGUUAGUUUAAUUAAUGAAGUAAUGCCUUAAUGAUAUUAAUUUAUUUGUUGUACAAUAAUGGGGGACCCAAGUGGAGGUAUUAAAUGGUUCAAUUAUGGUGGGCGUUUUGUACAGGGACCACCAUUUAGAUAUGUAGGGGGUGUACGAGAGGAUGUUCCAUGUGAUACGGAUAGGUUGAAUUCAUUUAUGAUUACUGACUAUGUUGUUAGACAAGGUUAUGAUCGAGUUUCAAUUAAAGACAUUUACUAUAUGCAACCUUGGAUGGAUAUGCUAGAAGGAUUAGUUUCUUGUAAUUCAGAUAGUGCAAUUAGGGAGAUGAAUGAUAUAAUUUCAUAUGCUGGCAAUGUGGAGUUGUAUGUAGACCAUGACAUCAAUAUACCUAAGAUUGUUGAGGGUCCACUAUUGCUCACAGGGGAUGUUUCCAAAGAUGAGGGUGACAAUAGUGGUAGUGAUGUUUCUGUGCAUGGGGAUGAGGGUAAUUUAGGAAGUGAAAAAAGUAGUGACGUUGAUAGUGGUAGUGAUGAUGUGUCAGUUAUUGACUGGGAGACAAGUUUAGAUGAUAAUGCACGGUCAUUGGGGAGUGACAAAACUGAUGAUGAGCAAGUUAGUAUUGCUAAGUUGGCUCAGGAGGUUAGGAAGAGAAGGAGAAAUGCCACAAGAAGUAGUAGAAAGAAGUCUAAGGCAGCUGUGCAAACUGCAACUAGGAAUGAGCAAGAAGAUGAUCAUGUUGAAGAACCUGUAGUGACUCAAGAGCAACCAUCUGUCCAGCAACAACAGCAACCUGUAGUCACAGAUGAUCAAGCUACUCAUAAAGUCAAACAAGGUGGUGGGAAUAGGGUGAGAAGUGGUGAUCCAAUUGACAGCACGCAGCAACUGCCUGUCAGUGAUGACAGUGGUUCCUCUACAGAUGAAGAAGACAGGGAGUUUGAUUAUGCAGACAGUGAUUAUCCUGGUGUUUGGGAAUUUCAUUGGAAUUCAGAUGAUGAGGAUGACAUCUUUGUGCAACCAGAUCAUGUUGUUAGCAGAAAUGUCUGUCAAACCUACUAUAACCCAAAAUGGAAGGUCCCAUAUUUUGAUAUUGGGAUGAGGUUCAAAGAUGCAAAGCAAUUCAGAAUGGCAGUUUGUAAAUACUCCAUACAAAAGCAAGCUCAACUGCGAAAGGUCAGAAAUGAACAUACUAGGGUGAGGUUUAGAUGCCAAACAAGGUGCAAAUGGGAGUUGUUUGCAUCUUAUGACCCAAGAUAUGAGUGUUUUGUGGUGAAGACAUACUAUAAGGAGCAUAGAUGCUUCAAAUCUUAUGACAAUGAGCUUGUAACUUACAAGGUUGUAGCAGAUCUUUUUAAAGGAAGGAUUUAUGAAGCACCAUUUACAAAGCCAGUCGAGAUUGUUAAGUGGUGCAAGACUGAAAUUAAAGUGAACAUCACACUUGACAAGGCAGAAAAAGCAAAGAAGCAUGGAAUAUGUAAGGGAAUUCUACUAUCUGCAAUUGGGAAGGAUGGGAAUAACCAGAUGUUUCCAAUUGCCUGGGCAGUAGUGGAGUCUGAAUGUCUUGAGUCAUGGCAGUGGUUCUGUGAACUACUAAAAACUAAUUUAGAUCUUGGCAUUGGUGCAGGCGUAACAGUUAUGUCAGAUGAAUAUCAGGCUAUAUUAUCAACUAUAGAGUUAAUAUUACCCGAGGCUGAGCAUAGGCACUAUGCAAGGUAUAUUUAUUGCAAUUGGGCAAAGUUGGGUCAUAGAGGUGAUGAGAUGAAGAUUUGCUUCUGGAAUUGUGCAAAGGCAACAUUUCAGGAUGAUUUCACUGAUAAGUCAGGUGAUUUGUUUGCAAAGUAUAGGCAAGGACAUGAUGACUUGUUAGGGUACCCUAGAGAGCAUUGGUGCAAAGCAUUUAUCCAGGAUAAUUGUAAAUGUGAUUCAAUUGACAACAACAUUUCUGAAACUUUCAACUCUUGGAUACUGAGGGCAAGGUGUAAGGCGAUAAUUGCAAUGAAUGAUCAUAUUAGGGAUCAGUUAAUGGUUAGGAUAGUUGAUAAAAGGCUAUUUGUAGAAAAAUGGCCUGAAGGUGAUGACAUUGCUCCUAGAAUCAGAAAAAAGCUUGAGGAACUGAAGGCAGAGUCACAGGGAUGUAGUGUGCAACCAAAUGGGGUUAAUGAGUUUGAGGUCAAUGAUGGUGGGGAUCAGCAUGUUGUCAAAUUUGAUGACAAAACUUGCACAUGUACAUACUGGCAAGUCUCGGGGGUUCCUUUCCCUCAUGCUUUGGCUUGCAUAAGGUACAAAAGGUGGAGAGUAAAGCACUACAUUUCAGAUUUCUAUAAGAAAGAAAAAUAUUUGGUUGCCUAUGCAUACCCUCUUCAAUGCAUAAGGAAAGGGACAAAAGCAUGGAAAGCUGUGGGAAAAGAUGUAUUGAACGACCCGAGAGCUUCACUCACAUUUAGUGAGUAUCCAAUUGGAACUUGCAAGUAUGAUCCCAUGAAUCCUGUUUGUGCAAAAAUGACACUAUCAGGAAAGUUGGUGCUACUGGAGGGAAGCUCUGAAGCAGAAUUUGCUAAAACUGCCUUGUUCACAAAGCAUCCAGAGAUGAAAAUCUGGCCUGCGAAUCACACUUUCCGUUUCUACAAGUUAGACCUCGAAGACAUUUUCUUUGUCGACUUUGGAACUAAGCAUCUCACAAUCGAUGAGUACCUAAACCCCAAGAAUUGAGUAUAACAACGUACAGCUAGCUGAUUUAUAUCACAUUCGCAAAACCAAGAUAAAUGUAGCUACAAUCAAAAAAGUCUUUUGUAUACUCACAAUAAUUCAUCAAAAUAAAAGAGUUCAAUUUUC